AUGAUUGCAGUGAUUAUAUUCGAACCAUUGAGAAUGAAUGUACAUAAUGAAGAGAGAGAAUGGAAAGAUAUCAAAUUCAAAUUAUCAACAACAUUAAUUAAAGGCAAAGUUAUACUCGAUGUUGGUGGUCACAAAUAUACUACAAGUGUUGAUACAUUAACACGUGAACAAAAUACUUUCUUUGCUGCACUCUUCUCAAGACGAUGGAAACUUGAACGAGACCCAAAUGAUAAUACUAUCUUCAUUGAUCGUGAUGGAGAAUUAUUUAAGUAUAUUCUAGCAUAUUUAAGAACGGAUAAAAUAUCCAAUGAUAUAAUGGCUAAUGAAUCAAUUCGUCAACUUCUUAUUAUAGAAGCAGAAUACUUUUGUAUACAUAAUUUGAUUCAUAUAUUAACAGAACCUGAACGAAAACGUCAAGAAGAAGAGCGUUUUUGUAUUGAAGAAGGUUUUUCAAAUGGAACAUUACUUCAGCCAGAACAUAAAUUGAAACUUAAUGAGUUUUAUGGUAAAAGUAAUCAAAAAUGGGAACUAAUCUACAGAGCAACUCAUGAUGGAUUUCGUGCUAAUGCAUUUCAUUCAUGUUGUGAUUACGAAGGGCCAACAAUCACUAUUAUUCAAUCAAACAAUAACUAUAUAUUUGGAGGUUAUACUCGUAUUUCAUGGACUUCAUCUGGACAGUGCGUAAAUGAUGGAACAGCAUUUUUGUUCACAUUACGAAAUCCUUACAAUAUUCCACCUACAAAAUAUACUAUCAAGUCUGACCGCGUAGCAAAUGCCAUUUAUCAUAAUAAUGGCUAUGGGCCUAUAUUUGGCAGUGGCCACGACAUUCUUAUAUUAGAUAAUAGUAACAGCAACAAUCGUAGCUAUACUAAUUUUCCUCAAUCGUAUAAUGAUACAACGGGCUACGGUAAAAAUACGUUCACAGGAGCUGAUUACUUCACUACAUCUGGGAUUGAAGUAUUCAAAUUAGCUUAG